CGGAACGACGGAUCAGAUCCAUCUUGUCGAGUACCACCCCCUCAUCCCCCUCAUCGACAACUUCUCCCUGUCAAGAUGAUGUCCCAGACUCUCCGGGCUUCGCGCUCCCUCUUCACCCGUGCCGCUCGGCAACAGGUCCCUGUCGCCCGCACCUUCCUGACCUCCGCUGUCCGCCGCGCCGACCCCGUCCAGGAUCUCUACCUCAAGGAGCUCAAGGCCUACAAGCCCACCCCCAUCAAGGCCGGUGACGCCGAGGAGCACGUCCAGAAGUUCGCUCUCCCCAAGGCCCCUGCGUCCCCCGAGGAGGCUAACCUCGCCGGUGAACUCUCCGCCUACGAGAGCCAGGAGGUUGAGGUCGAGGGCCAGGCCGCCGCUGGUGAGGCCGCCCCUGUCGAGCAGCACUGGUUCGAGGAGGACGAGGAGGAGGCCGCUGCCGCCCACUAG